AUGACGAUUGAUAAAACAGUUACGUUGGAAAAUAAAAGCGUUCAUUGUCCUACAGAUACCAGUUCUUCUAAAGAUGAAGAUAAAUUACUAUCGAAGAUAAAAGAAGACGUCAAAGCAGUUAUAGAACUUAUGGGGCCGAAUACACCGCACAUUGAGCCUACUUUUAGCGUUUCGGAGGACUCAGUAACGCCGAUGUCCCACAAUAAUAAGGACCCGAUUCCCGAAGACGAUUUUCAAACUGAUAAUGAUUUUUCCACGUUACCCGCGGACGUUACCGCUACGCAAGAAACGGAUUUUUCUUUAACAAUCGACGAGCCCAAUUUAACGCAGCAAAUUUGUCCACCUCCGAUUUAUCCUGCUAACAAUUUCGUGUACAACUCGGAGUGCAUGUGCCCGCAAUUGGUGGAUUACAUGCAAAAGAAACAAGUUUCGCACAGACCGAAAUCCGAGAAAACCAAAUUCAUGCAUUCUGUGUACAAUUUUUUCAAAGACAAGAAGAGUAAUUGUCCGCGCAAGGGCGAUUUUUACACCAUCAAAGUCAAAAAAUCGUCCAGCCUCGGCCAUCCCAAGCGUUUGGUAUUCGAUUUAGUGGAAGACAUGGGCAAAACUUCAAAGCAAAACGGGUUAUUCAAAGAUUACAAUUCCAAUCGAGGGAAUUAUAAACACCAAUAUUUGGCAAAAUCGGACGACGAUAAACGCAAAAACGAAGAACAAAAAUGCAAAACUGCCGAAAAAACUGUUUGUCAAAAAUUCAACCACAAAGUGGCCUAUACGGAUUGUAAUGGAACCACCAGAGUCGACGUGUAUUAUUUCGAUCACGGAUGUUCCAAUUACUACCAAACCACCGAUAAAUCCCCCGUCCUUUCGACCGAUCUGAUCGCCGAGCGCACCGAGUCCUACACGACGAGAUUCUGGGCCGAGUUGUUCGGCACCUUUCACAUCGGCUUCUCCUUUCUCACGUCAUUCCUGCUGCAGCUCCUGCGCUUCGUCCUGCAGACGGUGGUCAGGCCGAUGACGGUGGGCAUGUUCCAUUUGCUGAGCGACUACUUCCUGAAGCCGAUCCUGUGCGCCAUCUUCAACGCGCUGGUGCAGCCGGUGCUGAUAUUCCUGCUGAACGUGGCCUCUUCGAUAAGGGACUUUUGCGAUCCGAUAGCGGAGACUAUAGGGUUCUUUAUAAGAGAGUUAUCGGCGCCUAUUAGGGCGUUUAGGAUAGUGGAGGUGAGGAAGGAAGGUGCGGUUGGUUGUGGGAAAGAUACAGAUGUUAUUAAUAAGAGAGUAUUGAAAAAGGGUUAUAGAAAUAAUGCGGAUUAUAUUUGA